AUGCGAACGAGUUGUUUAGGACCCAAAUUGGUUCUAAGUAGAGCUUAGGUGGACGAUCAAGAAGAUGUGCCUGAAGAGCCUGAUGACUUUGAACCAAUAAUCAUUUAAAGGAAGAAAAUUAGAUAUAAAUCAUCUCGGAGUGAUCGAUAUGAUAGCAAAGGAAGGAAGAUUGCAAAAGGCAGUGGAUAUGGAAUUAACUUUGAUAAUUUCAUCACUGUUUGCGUUUUCGAACCAGAAGAAGAAGUAGUUUAGAUUAAGGAUACCUUACAAUUGUGUACCCAAGGCAUAGAUAAAGAAAAGAUAAACCCUCGACUUGAUCAGAAGUUUAAAGAGGAGUAAACAGAAAAUGAAGUUAUCUUAUUUUCAAUUCUUAAAUAAAGCAAAAACAAAUGA